AUGGAUGAUACUGAUAGAGCUGUGUCACGUCUAUUUAGGACGUACAAAACGGUGAAGGAGAUGGUUAGAGAUAGGGGCUAUUACAUAUCUCAAGAAGAACUCGAUAUGACAUUGGAAGAAUUCAGAGCAAAAGUAUGUGACGAAAGGGGUGCGCCACAACGUAGAUUCAUGUGUUUUCAAGCGACACCUACAGCAGAAAAGAUGGAGAAGUUUCCAGAGAUGGGUUCGCUCUGGGUAGAAUUUUGCGAUGAAGCAGGGGUGGGUAUCAAAACAAUGAGGAAUUUUUGCAUUCAUAUAAGCGAAAAGAAUUUCCUGGUUGGAAUAUUUAUAUAUCAGAAUAAUAUAACUCCCAGUGCCAAUAAAUUGAUACCCACUGUUCUGCCAGCGACUAUUGAGACAUUUCAAGAAAGCGAUCUAAUUGUGAAUAUAACACAUCAUGAGUUAGUUCCUAAACACAUUAAAUUGAAUAGAGAAGAAAAGAAAGAACUAUUGGAUAGAUAUAGGUUGAAGGAAUCUCAAUUACCUAGAAUACAAAGAGAAGAUCCCGUGGCAAGAUAUUUGGGAUUAAGAAGAGGCGAAGUUGUCAAGAUUAUUAGAAGGUCUGAAACUUCUGGUCGUUAUGCGUCAUAUAGAAUUUGUCUAUAA